AUGAAACAAUCCAAUCGUUUGACAGACUCUGGAAGCAGCAGUCGUCCCGGCAGUGCAGUUGGCAAUGACGGCAGUACUGCGACUGCUGCCGGCGGGAGCCACCCAGUGUACCGUGGAGUGCGGCGGCGCAGCAGUGGCAAAUGGGUAUCUGAAAUAAGAGAACCAAAGAAGCCAAAUCGAAUCUGGCUUGGUUCAUUCCCAACCCCAGAAAUGGCUGCUGUUGCCUAUGAUGUCGCGGCACUUGCACUCAAGGGUCGUGAUGCAGAGCUAAACUUCCCAGGUUCCGCAUCAUUCUUGCCUGUUCCAGCCUCAACCUCCCCACGUGACAUCCAAACUGCUGCUGCCAGUGCUGCCGCCGCCGCCGGUGCGGCCACUGAUUCCCUGCUAGAGUCAUCAAGGGGACGCAUGGGGGGUACUAGGGAAGAAACCCAACUGAGCAAUAUAGGAUUAGAUGCUCCUCCGGUUUCUAAUGAUUAUCAGUACAUGGAUGAGGAGUUGAUCUUUGACAUGCCAAACAUUCUCGUGAAUAUGGCCGAAGGGAUGCUUCUCAGCCCUCCUCGUUUUGACUUGGCUGCGGCUGGGGACGAUGACUACACAGACGAUCACAACCUCUGGCAUUACCCUUAGUUCAUCAUCAUCCAUCUCAAUCCACCAUAAACCUAAUUAAAUUAUACUCUACAGGGCUAUCUAUAGCUAUCUAUAUCACUAUAUGUGUAUUAAUCCCCUAUUAUGUAUGAACAAGAUACCUAUCUCUGUAGAUUAUGAAACCUAAAACUGGAAGUGUGGCUCCCCCUUGCCUUUUUUGGAUUGCUUUACCCUGUAAAGUAAUGUAAUUGCACCCUUCUCUUCUGAAUUUCUAAUUAAGAUUACAGUACUC